AUGGCCUUGUUCGGUGCCCAACCCGCUGCGUCUGCAAGCUCUACCACCGGCGACACUAGCAAGGACGUCGAGAUUCCCGCAGGCCAGCUCCCGUCUGACAGCAUAUCCGACCUCCAGUUCUCGCCUACACACGACCUGCUCGCCGUCGCAAGCUGGGACAAGAAGGUCUACAUCUACGAAGUCAACGGCAAUGGCGCACAGGGAAAGUACCUGUUCGAGUGCCAAGGACAUGUUCUGGGUCUUGGAUGGUCAAAGGACGGCACGCGCAUAGCGGCUGGCGACUCCACCGGCCACCUCAACAUCGUCGACUUCCGCAGCAACCCCGCCAGCGGCACCAUCCCCGCGCAACAAGCAAAGGCCCACGCCGAAGCCAUCAAGUGCGUGCGCUGGUUCCAAACCGGCGGCCAAGACUACGUCGCGACCGGCUCAUGGGACAAGACGGUCAAGUUCUGGGACCUGAAGGGCGCCGAGCCUGUGGGCACGCUCGAUGCGCAAGAGCGCGUCUACAGCAUGGAUGUCAAGGACCAGCUCCUCGUCGUCGCGACCGCUGAGCGUCACAUUCACACCAUCAACCUUCAAGACCCCACCAAGAUCUACAAGUCCAUCACUAGCCCGCUGAAAUGGCAGACGCGCGUUGUGUCCUGCUUCAGCGACGCGACCGGCUUCGCAGUCGGCAGUAUCGAAGGCCGUUGCGCGAUUCAAUAUGUUGAAGACAAAGACACCAGGUACCGCGACGUCGCCAAAGUCUACUCCGUCAACGCCAUCUCCUUCCACCCGGUACACGGCACCUUCAGCACCGCCGGCAGCGACGGCACAUUCCACUUCUGGGACAAGGACGCCAAGCACCGUCUCAAAGGCUACCCAGAGGUUGGCGGCAGCAUCACAGCGACGGCCUUCUCGCGCACAGGUGAUAUCUUUGCGUACGCGGUGAGCUACGACUGGAGCAAAGGCUAUGGCGGGAACAACGCGCAGUAUCCGAUUAAGAUCAAACUGCACCCCGUUGUGGGAGAUGAGUGCAAGCCCAGGCCAGGGAACAAGAAGAGGUAG